AUGUUUGUGUUUUUAGUGAUAAGUGGUAUCAGAAAGUUUGAUUUUAAGCUAUUUAAUUAAUUAGAUAUACUAUGAUGUACCUUGCAUCAUAACUUAAUGGCCGUGAGUUAUAGUGAUUGUUUUCAUGUAACAUUUGUUUUAUUUUACUUUAGAAUUCUCAUUAUGGGAUUUCAAAACAAAGACCACAAACAACAACAAUUAUCUUAUAACAUUCUUAAAAAGGUUUAACUGGUAAACCAAUUGAUUAGAAAAACAGUUAAGUUUUAAUUUAUAACACAAUGUUAUAAUUGGUUCUUAAAUAUCAUUCAAGUGAUAAUUAGUCAUGAAUAUUAAUUGGAUGACAAUAUUCUAAGGCUUCUAAAUAAUGCUGUCGGAACAUAGGUGAACAAACCUUAAGCCAAUUAAAAUUCAAUAAAAGAGCAGAAACAUGUACUGAGAAUAGACAUAGUUUUAUGUAAUUAACAAAAUUCACUAUGACACCUGAUGACACUCAACCUAUAGUUCAAUAUGGAUCAAUUGAAAGAAGAGAUUUCUUCUUUGAGCAUAAUAAACAAAGGUUAAAUGUAGAUCCUGAUUUUGAACAGUUAGUAUAUGGCUACAGAACAACAAGAUGGAGGACUUUUGUAACAUAUCUUUUCUCAAUUCUAACUUGUGGUAUACCAUUUUUGGUAUUUCAUUGGGUACCCAGAUUGAAGCUAUAUGCAACAUCUGUUUGCAGCAACUUCCAGGAGGCUGAUCAAGUUUUAGUUAUUGAAACAUACCAAAAGAAAUGUAAAAGUCAUUAUAUUCACAGAAUAUUAAUAAAAAAUAUAAAUGACCCUAGUGGGACGUUAAAUGCAGGAUUCGAAGAGGAAUAUGGAAGUGAGAAAAGUCCUAUUGAGAUUGAAGACUCGUUACAUACACCUAUACAUUUAGAUGAUGGGAGUACAAUGAAUGUACAACAAUACAACUACUUUAAUCACAAAAAGCAGUGUCUAAUAUGGGAGCCAAUACGAGCGCAGUGGAUUAGGUUAGCUGGUCUGGAACGAGGUACUACUUGUUCCCAAAUUCAUGCCAUGGCAUCGAGACCACCUUGCUCUGAACGUAGACUACGAAUGUUAAAUACCUAUGGGCUUAACGAAAUAAAAGUUCCCGUACAAUCAAUUCUGACUCUCAUCCUCCUGGAAGUGUUCAAUCCGUUCUAUGUCUUUCAAUUAUUCACGAUUGCCGUCUGGUUGGCUGAACCAUACUACUACUACUGCCUUGCUAUAGUGCUAAUGUCUACUUUUGGCGUUGCCACUUCUGUUAUACAGACUAAAAAGAAUCAACAAAGCCUCCGUGCCACAGUAGAAGCUCACGAUACAGUAGAAUUAUGGGGCGGGCGUCGCGUGGACAGUAAGGCUUUAGUACCAGGUGAUGUGGUCAUACUGUCGGCACACGGCUGUAUGUUGCACUGUGACUUGGCUUUGCUUACCGGGUCUGCUAUAGUCAAUGAGAGCAUGUUAACUGGUGAAUCCGUCCCUGUAACUAAAACAGCUUUACAACACUUAGACAAAGAGUUUGAUGUCAAAGAGCACAGUUCUAGCCUUCUAUUUUGUGGAACUAAAGUUGAGCAGACGCGGUAUUAUAACAAUGAACCCGUUAAAGCCCUGGUCCUUCGAACCGGAUACAAUACAAGUAAGGGUCAGCUAGUUCGCAGUAUUUUAUACCCUGUACCAGCUGACUUCAAAUUCGACCGAGAUUCUUACAAGUUUAUAUUUAUUUUGGCCUGCAUUGCUGUUUUGGGGCUCGCUUAUACCGUUGGGUUGAAGGCUUACAGGUCGCUAACAAUCCGCGACAUAGUGAUAAAGGCGCUUGAUAUUAUAACAAUAGUUGUACCCCCGGCGUUACCUGCUGCAAUGACUGUAGGCAGAUUAUACGCUGUGUCAAGAUUGAAACGCGCGCGUAUAUCGUGCCUUAAUACAAGGGCUGUUAACGUCAGUGGAUCGUUGGAUUGUAUUUGUUUUGAUAAGACAGGAACACUAACAGAAGAAGGCCUAGAUAUGUGGGGGGUGGUAGCUGUGAGUUCAGCGACGUCCCCCCCACUCUUGGGAAGGGCACAAAGGGAGCCCAAAAAAUUAAACGAUAUACACGAAUUAAAGAUUGGUAUGGCGUCCUGUCAUAGCUUGACGUUGUUGCAUGGUGAGCUGGCUGGAGAUCCCUUGGAUCUGAAGAUGUUCGAAUCAACCGGUUGGUUACUAGAAGAGCCAGAUGUACCAGAGCUGUCUAACUAUGAAGUUUUGACACCCACUAUUGUCAAACCGAAAGGUUCUGCAAAUAUCAAUGUUGACGAUUUACAUAUGCCUCUAGAAGUGGGUAUAGUACAACAAUAUCAGUUUGUAUCGUCCCUACAACGGUCUUCAGUAGUGGUUCGACUCCUGGGGGAAGACGUACUCAGGGUGUAUUGCAAGGGUGCGCCAGAAAUGUUAAGAACCCUGUGCAGACCUGAGACUGUUCCAGGGAAUCUUAAUGAAGUUUUGAGUUCCUAUGCGGAGAAAGGGUAUCGCGUGAUUGCAAUGUCGACACGUUUACUUGAAGUCACUCACAAACAACUGCAGAAAAUGGAUAGGCACGAGGUGGAAUGUGAGUUAGAGUUUCUAGGUCUAGUCAUAAUGGAGAAUCGUCUCAAACCGGCAACGACGGGUAUAAUACGAGAACUCAAAGACGCCAAUAUUCAUGUUGUCAUGAUCACAGGUGAUAAUAUCCACACAGCAGUAAGCGUAGCAAAGGAAUGUGGUAUACUUGAGAGUGCGGAACGAGUCGUCCAUCUCACUGUACUUCAGUCGGGUGGACAACCAGCUUUAUACUGCCAGAGUAGUUUGCAAGGGGUCCCAAUUGGAGCUUUGAUCCCAUUUGAAGGCUCGUACAAAAUGGAUGAUAGCGGGGUGGGAUCAUGGGGUGAAAGUAGUAGGAGUGGGAGAAGGAAGAGGAGAGAUGUUGAAGAGCCACAAGGUGUCAGCUACAAGUUGGUGAUGACCGGAGAUGCUUGGAGGACCCUCCGCGCUCUUCACCCGGAAAGCGUUGGUCCAGUGGUGGAACGAGGUGCAGUAUUUGCCCGCAUGUCUCCCGAACAGAAACAGCAGUUAAUCACAGACUAUCAAGCCUUAGGAUAUUACGUUGGCAUGUGCGGAGAUGGAGCAAACGAUUGUGGCGCCCUCCGCGCUGCGCAUACUGGCAUUUCCCUUUCUGAACUAGAAUCCAGUGUCGCUGCACCCUUUACUUCCCAACAUCCAGACAUUGUCUGCGUUUCCAGGGUUUUACGCGAAGGACGAGCAGCCCUAACCACAAGCUUCGGCGUUUUCAAAUUCAUGAUCGCAUACUCCCUUACCGAGUUCCUGUCGGUUGCCUUUCUCUACUAUUUCGACGCGAAUCUCACAGAUUUCCAGUUUCUAUACAUAGAUGUCGCUCUAAUCGUGAACUUUGCUUUCUUCUUCGGCAUGACCGAAGCGUACACGGGCAAACUUAGUAAGUUGCCACCUCUAACGUCUCUAUUGGGAAUAGUUCCGUUAGUGAGCUUGAUUGGCCAAAUGUUAUUGAUUAUGGUAGCACAAUAUUUGAGUUAUUUGACGUUAACGUACUUCCCCUGGUACGUGAGGCAUACGUACGAAGGGGAAGAAGCGAACAAGUGUUGGGAGAAUUAUGCGGUUUUCACGAUAUCAAUGUUUCAGUAUAUAAUUCUAGCGAUUGUAUUCAGUCACGGCGCGCCUUAUAGGCGAUCGGUGGUAACUAAUAAACUGUUAAUGAUUAGCAUUCUUUUAAUGACGGGUAUAGGCAUUUAUAUAACGGUUGCGCCUGCGCAGUGGUUGUCUAACUUUUUAGAACUUCAAAUGCCUAAAGAUUUGUUAAUGGCGUAUGUUGUCUUGGCCCUCGCUGCGAUUAACCUUGUAUUAGCGUUGUUCUUUGAGCGAAUUAUAGUUCAAUACUUAAUGGAGAGGAGGCGAAUAAUACCGAAGUGUAUAAAAGAAAGACAAGUGAGAAAAACGCCACAUCUAAUGAUCAAGAGGCAUUUGUCUGAAAUGGAUUAUUUAGAAGGUCAUACAUCUAUUAAUUAUGACGUAGAAGGAAUAAAUUCAGGGGAGGGUAGAUGAAAAAUAUUCAUGUCGUGUUUGAGGACACGCUCAGCAUUAAACCGCCGACUUUGGUCGCGGUGGAAAUUAAUAAUACAUUCCGUUAUUGUAUUUUUAUUAGUUUACUAUUUAUUUUAUUAUUUUUUUUGAUAUUAUUUGACUAUAUUGAACCGUAGUUAUAAAAGCAUUUUUAUUAUUUUGAUUAAUUUGUGUAUUUUAAAACGGUGCAUAUUUUAUAGGUUUUUUUCAAUUUCAAUAGGAAUUGAGGAAGUGUUCAAAGUAGUACAAAACUGUCGUCUUUCCGGUCUUAUUGAUCUUUUUUUAAUUUAAUAAUAACCCCCUUACCGAUAAACUCCUCUCAACUGAAACCGUAUUUAAAAUUCACUAAGCAACCGAAUUUAGAGUUCCGAUGGCUUUGAAUAUUAAAAUCUAAACAAUUGUUGAAACCAGUGUUUCCCAACGUGAGGCCCACGCCCAACAGGGGGGCAUGGCAUUUGAUUGUUAAGGGGGGCUUUUCAAAAAUAAUUAUUUAAAAAAAUAAUUAUUUUUUAUUUCAUUAUACAUAUGUUUUAAAAUCUACUACUGUGUUUCGUUAACAAUUUCCAAGUAGUUUCUUUCUUAAACCUAUAAUUUAAGUUUCUUAAAUUAAUUUUCUUAGCAAUUCAAGUUUAGAUAUUAAAAAUUAUGUAUUUUCCAUUUGUCACAAGAAUUUAAGGAAGGCAAAGUUGGGGCAUGGCACGAAAUAGGUUGGGAAACACUAGUAAAAACCAAUUAUAUAGAGACAAGAUUAUGUUCUUAUGUUAAACCGAGAUAUAGAUGACUAUCUGAUACAUUUAUUGUAUUUAUGAUACAGAAUGUUGCCAUAACAAAUGUGUUAAUUGAGGUCACCUAUACGAUUUUAUGAGUAAGAUUUUUUAAAUAUUAUAUAGAGGUUCUAUUGAGAUGUUACUAGUUGAAUAUUUUCAUCGGUAAGGAUGUUUGUAUAGUUUAACCGUAGGUAUUCAAUCUAAUAUAUGUGCGUUUUAUCUUUAUUAUAAAGCACAGUGUGAUAAUUAACAUAAUUAAGUGCCUUGAUAGUUUUAACAUAUACAAUGGGGAUUAUGUUAUUUUCUUAAGUGUGGUUAUAAAUCCUACCCAAAGAUUAGUUAUUUUUUAUCAAAUCUAAAGCCAUUGGUUGUGGCGUCUUUGGCUAAUAAUAGUGAAUUCAGAUUAGAAAUUAUUGGUAACCAUGGUAACAAACGCGGUAUCAAACUAUCUUUAGACUACGUUUUAAACGUCUGACUCCGCUGUGACACGAAUAUAUACAAUAUAAAUACAUGUUAUAUUGGGCUUUUAUCACUUUUUGUUCUAAAGUGUCGUUGCGGUCCUUUUUUCUUUUGACAUCCUUUUAUUACAAGUCUAAAUGUCCUUAAUCCGGCGGCAUUGCGAAAAUAAAUUAAUGAGACAAAUUCGUUUUAUCUCAUCUUUUUUCUUAUCUCAAGCAACACCGAAAUGUGAUUGAAGUGUGAGUUUUGUCAAAAAUAGUUAAUGAAAUACAUAUUCACUUAAAAUAAUUUAAAGUGAUAAAAUCAUGAAUCGUAAUUUAGUAUACCUCUCCUAGUAAUAUAGUAUGCCUAUUUCCUCUGUCAUGUGAAAUAUAAAUAAGCAAAAGUAGUAAUUAAGAAGAAAUUUUACAUGGAAAAAAGCUAUGUUUUGUAAUAAUCUUGCUAUUCUGUGACUGCUUUUGAAAUGUGUGUGGGAAGAUUUGAAAAUAAAAAAAAAUGGUUUCUAUACAACUUUAUUGUUUCUUCAAUUUUGAACAUAGUGUGAAAAUCAUGGAUUGAUUUCAAGUUUAGUGCAGAGAAUUCGAAUCUAUUUUCUUAACUUCCUACAGCUGCUUAUUGUGUUGCUUCUAAACCUGUCAAUUAUUAGAUGCUUGUAAUAUUCAUAGUAAUAAUUACUUAGAAGUAUUUCUGAAAAUGUUACCCAUUUAUUGUGAUUGCAUUAUUAAUCUUAAAUGUUAUAUUUCAAAUGUAUAGUGGGUAUUGAAAUUGUAUUGCAUUAAAACAAAUUGCCUAAAUUGAAAUUAUUAAUUUAUAA